GCGGAUCUGCUCAGACAAGUUGAACGCCGGUGAUCGAUAAAUCGAAUGGCUGAAGACCAAUUCCAACAUCCAGUCCAAUCCUUGACGACUUGACGCGAGCAUUACACGAUGCGUAGAUUUCUAGCUGAACAAAUGCAUCACAGCCACUUGGUGUCCAGUAUCCUCGCCGUCCAGGAGCCGACGCGGUGCCUCUCUGCAACCCGAAUCAAUGUCAGCAAACGUACAUUCAGAUGAUGCAGGACCCGAUGGAGAGAUGCUAUCUUGAGCAUGAAGCAAAUCUAUCAAACAGAGGAACCAAGAUGAGACGCAUCAGAAGAAGCCCAAAAUUGCGGCGUUGGAGAUUUCGGGAUAGGGAAGGGGCUUGGAGUGCCCACUGGUGAGACUUUUUGAUGAGUUUCCCGAGUAUCACGUCCAUCCCGCCUUGGGGCUCGAGCACGAUAGCCAAGAAAAAUAGAGAUAAUUUUUCGAAGAAUAGAUCAAGUAUGCAUAAGCAGUCACUCGUCUCUUUGAAGCGUGCUGAAUUGUGAGGAGGAGCCUGGAGCAGAGACUCGGAAAACGUCUGUUAGCGCGGCCCAAGCUGCCAUCACCGCAUCAUUUUGUCUUGAGCCACCACCAUCCACCACCGACAGAUCACGACGGCCUCGUAGGGGGGCAUCGCGACUGGCGCUCGAGCGCUGAUAAGUAUGACUCCUGUUCGCAACUUUGCACGCACCACUCGUCCGGGCCGAUCACAGGGCCGAUACUGGGCGCUCAUGACCAGUGACGUGCCUGAAACUCUGAAAGGGAGGAUGGCCCCCACGCCGGUCGAAAGUGCCAGCAUGUGGGGCAAGAGGGACGACGACCAUAUGUCAAGAAUCAAAGGUGUUCGCCGAUUGGAUGCGCAAAACAUCCCUUCCCCGCAUCGGCUCGGCAGAUCCUCUCUCCCACCGGGAAACCCAUCUUCCCCUCUUCCACCCUGCGUAUCACGAUAAUGCCCGCCCUCGACGUCGCGUUCGUGCGCUCGCACUUCCCCGCGUUCAGCAAGAAGCCGGGCUUCGUCUUCGCCGAGAACGCAGGCGGGAGCCAGAUCAUCCAGUCCUCCAUCGAUCGUCUCACGGACUACCUUAUCAGCACCAAUGUCCAAUUCGGCGCAGGAUACGAGCUGUCGAUCGCGUCGACCGACAGAGUGAUGGGUGCGACGGAGGGCGCGCGGGAGCUGUUCAACGCUGCGAGUGCCGACGAGGUCGUUUUCGGGCCCAGCUCGACCGCGAAUCUGGAGAAUCUGGCGCGCGCGAUAGAGAAGGAUAUCAAAGUGGGAGACGAGUUCAUCGUCACUGGCGAACACGAGGCGAAUUGUGGACCGUGGAAGAAGCUUGCUGAGCGAACGGGAGCGGUGAUCAAGUACUGGAUAUCCAGCCCGACCGCCGCCAACAAUCCCUACUCUCACCAGCUCAAAAUCGAAGAACUGCUGCUGCUGAUUACCUCGAAGACGCGCCUUGUCGCGUUCCCUGCCGUGUCCAACUUGUUGGGCUCUGUUGUGCCUGUCGCAGAGGUCAGCAAGGCCGUUCGUGCCGAGGCUGCUGCCAAAGGUGCUGCCAAAGUCGAGAUUUCGGUCGAUUGUGUGGCGUAUGCGCCACACCGAAGGAUGGACGUUCAGGCAUGGGACGUCGAAUACUGUGUAUUCUCCUACUACAAGGUCUACGGCCCACACGUCUCCGCUCUCUACAUUCGAAAGCAGGUGAUGGAGUCGUCUGUGGCCUCGAUCGCACAUCACUUCAUCCCUACGCACGGUGCAUACAAGCUCCAACCGGGCGGACCGGGCUACGAAGCCGUGUAUGGUACCACCGCGAUCGUCCCGUACCUCCAAUCGCUCGUGCCUGAGCACGACUUGACGACAGCUUUUGCAGCCAUUGCCGAACACGAGACCCAGCUGGUCUCCAAGUUGCUUGGGUUCCUGACCGCGCCGGAACAACGUGCCCGGGGUGUCUUGGUGGUGGGUGUCGAGGAGGUGUCUGCCGAUCGGGUGCCCACGAUCUCGUUCAUCGUUGCUGGUGACAGGCCAAUUCGGAGUACGGCGAUCGUCGACGUGUUCGACAAAGAUGGCAGGAUUGGAAUUCGAUACGGACAUAUGUACGCAUAUACGCUCGCGAGCCACCUUCCGCCGCCGUUCACGCUGGACGACGGAGCCGUGCGCGUGUCGUUGGUGCAUUACAACACUCUAGAAGAAGUCGACAUGAUUAUCGAGUCCAAGUGCAUUUCGGACCCGGUUCCGUUCAUUCCAGUGGCGAGUACGUACUCGAUUGAUGACCUGCACAAGGCUAGUAGGUUCCGGUAUGAACGGACCUACUUCUGUUCGGACCUUGUGAUGUCUGACUCUGAGUCCCCAACACAUGCGCAAGAUUUGCAGAAACUAGGUUAUGAGCAGGAGAUGACCCGUUCGCGCGGGCUAUCCCAGAUCCUAUUCACCGUUGUCCUCUACGAGUUAAGUAGUGGCAUCGCUGAGGCUACAAAGCGAUCAUGGCCGUUCGUAAGGCAUCCCCCUUAUUGCCCCUUUGGUUCCGACGAACGUUCUGUAGCCUACGGCCUCGCAGCCCCCUUGGCCACCUCCCUCGCCGCGGGAGGGCCUGCCACUAUCCUCUGGGGCUGGCUUCUCGUUUCUCUGCUCACCCUGCCGCUCGCGCUGUCUUUGGGCGAGAUAUGCGCCAAGUACCCGACUUCGGCCGGGGCGUACUACUGGUGUUUCCGGCUUGCGUCGUCGAGGCGGAGGUUGCUGCUCUCGUGGUUCAACGGAUGGCUGACGCUAGUGGGCGUUUGGACGGCUGGUCUUUCGGUGACGUUUGGAACGACACAGCUCAUCAUCGCAGGGGCCGGGAUAUACCUACCGGAUUGGGAAGCCAAACCCUGGCAGACUUAUGUUAUCUUCCUCGCUGUUACAGCCGUCACGCUAGCCUUCUGCGCGUUCUUCAAUAGUAUUCUGCCUUUGCUCGACAUCAUCUCUGCGUACUGGACAAUCCUGGGAGUCAUCGUGACGCUGGUCUGCGUGUCGGCCAAGGCCGCUGCGGGCCGGCAUUCAGCUGCCUUCGCACUCGGCCAUUUCGAUUCCGGGCCAUCGGGUUGGACGCCCGGCUGGGGAUUCUUCAUCGGGUUGUUGCCGCCUGCGUAUACAUUUGCAGGAAUGGGGAUGAUCGCAAGCAUGGCCGAAGAGGUGAGAGAUCCGUCGAGAAAUCUUCCGCGGGCCAUUGUCUGGUCCAUUCCCAUCGGCUUCUUGACGGGUGUCCUCUUUCUCGUCCCGAUUCUGUUCACGCUUCCCGACAUCGCCACCCUGAUCUCCGUGAGCAGCGGACAACCGAUCGGUCUGUUGUUCGAGCUGAUAAUGGGAUCGAAAGGAGGUGGAUUCGGACUGUGGUUCAUCAUCUUCGGCAUUGGCAUGUUCUGCGCGAUCUCGAUCGCGUGUGCCGCCUCCCGCUCGACGUGGGCUUUUGCGCGGGACAGCGCUCUGCCCUUCCACCGCACAUUCUCCGUGGUGCACCCCCACCUCGGCGUGCCGCUCAACGCGCUCCUGCUCUCCACGGCCAUCCAGCUCGCUCUGGGGCUGCUGUACCUCGGGUCUAGCACGGCGUUCAACGCGUUCGUCGCCGUCGCGGUCAUCUGUCUUGGCGCCAGCUAUACAUUCCCCAUUGCCGUCUCGCUCUUCAACGGCCGGAAGGACAUGCACGACUCGCCGUUCCCCUUGGGCCGCUUUGGCGCUGCGAUGAACGGGAUCGCAGUGGUGUGGGUCGCGUUCCAGCUCGUUCUGUUCUCGAUGCCCCCGGCGGUGCCCGUCACGCGGCAGAGCAUGAAUUACGCGUCGGUCGUGUUCGUGGGGUUUGCAGCGAUCAGCGCAGUGUGGUAUCUGAUCAGUGAGUGGCGAGUGGUUUGCUCCGAGUUGACCGUGCUGAAUGACUUGCGGGCGGGCGACAUCAUUACAAAGGGCCACAAGUGCCUGAGGACACAGCUGAACAGUCGUUUAAGAAUGAAAUGUCGCCUUGAGUCCAGGGGUGAUUCCAGCCAUAAGCAUCAGCGGCUUGGAAUUUUCCGCACACUGAGGAGAUGGGGUGAAGCAGACCUAGUCACACAGCUGCAAACGAAGACGACAACAUCAGUCACAGCCUGGGAGCGCUCAUCCUGUCCCGGCGAUGCGACCGCCAAGCCACUGCUCGAUGGCCGCGAACUUCUCGUAACUUCGCUCGCCUGUGAACUCUCACACGAGCACGUCUUGGACCCCUUCCCGGCACCUUUCCUUUCAGCUAUGGCUGAAUCUGAGUCCUCGACACAUGCACAAGAUUUACAGAAACUGGGCUAUGAGCAAGAGAUGACCCGCUCGCGCGGGCUGUUCCACAUCCUAUUCAGUCCGUCGCUCAGACGCUGCGUGUCAGCUGCAUCACUGAGGGCCGCAAAGCGAUCAUGGCCGUCCGUGAGGCACUCUCCUGCUUAUCGCCACCGUUCCCAUUCCGACGGACGCUCCACAGCCUUCGGCCUCGCAGCCCCUUUUGCCACCUCCCUCGCCGCGGGAGGCCCCGCCACUAUCCUCUGGGGCUGGCUUCUCGUCUCUCUGUUUGCCCUGCCUCUCGCGCUAUCCCUCGGUGAAAUAUGCUCAAAGUAUCCGACGUCUGCGGGCGCUUAUUACUGGUGCUUUCGGCUCGCGUCGCCGAGGUGGAGACUGCUGCUCUCUUGGUUCAACGGAUGGUUGACGACGGUGGGAGUUUGGACGAUUAGUCUCUCGGUGACGUUUGUGCGUUUAGGCUCCGUCCUUCUUCUUCGUGCGCUCGUGUGCGCGUUUGUGUUCCGAAGCUCAGCAUGCGCCAGGGUACGGCGCAACUUAUCGUCGCAGGUGCUGGGAUAUAUCUACCAGAUUGGGAGGCCAAACCCUGGCAGACUUCGUCGAGAUGUCAUCUUUCUCGGCGUCACAGCUGUCGCGCUGGCCUUUUGCACAUUUUUCAAUGGCAUUCUGCCUUUGCUCGAUAUCAUCUCUGCGUACUGGACAAUCCUGGGAGUCAUCGUAACGCUCGUCUGCGUGUCGGCCAAGGCCGCUGCAGGCCGGCAUUCAGCUGCCUUCGCACUCGGUCAUUUCGAUUCCGGGCCAUCGGGGUGGACACCCGGCUGGGGGUUCUUCAUCGGGUUGUUGCCACCUGCGUAUACGUUCGCAGGGAUAGGGAUGAUCGCAGGCAUGGCCGAAGAGGUGAGAGAUCCGUCGAGAAAUGUGCCGCGCGCGAUUGUCUGGUCCAUCCCCAUCGGCUUCUUGACGGGUGUCCUCUUUCUCGUCCCGAUUCUGUUCACGCUUCCCGACAUCGCCACCCUGAUCUCCGUCAGCAGCGGACAGCCGAUCGGUCUGUUGUUCGAGCUGAUAAUGGGAUCGAAAGGAGGUGGAUUCGGACUGUGGUUCAUCAGUACGCCUUCUGUUGACGACGCGAGUUACUUUCUCAACUCAGCGACAGUCUUCGGUAUUGGCAUGUUCUGCGCGAUCUCGAUCUCGUGCGCCGCCUCCCGCUCGACGUGGGCCUUUGCGCGGGACGGCGCUCUGCCCUUCCACCGCACGUUCUCCGUGGUGCACCCCCACCUCGGCGUCCCGCUCAACGCGCUCCUGCUCUCCACGGCCAUUCAGCUCGCCCUGGGGCUGCUGUACCUCGGUUCGAGCACGGCGUUCAACGCGUUCGUCGCCGUCGCGGUCAUCUGUCUCGGUGCCAGCUACACAUUUCCGAUCGCCGUCUCGCUCUCCAACGGCCGGAAGGACAUGCACGACUCGCCGUUCCCCUUGGGUCGCUUUGGGGCGGCGAUGAACGGGAUUGCAGUAGUGUGGGUCGCAUUCGAGCUCGUGCUGUUCUCGAUGCCCCCGGCGGUGCCCGUCACGCGGCAGAGCAUGAAUUACGCGUCGGUUGUGUUUGUGGGGUUUGGAGCCAUCAGCGCGGUAUGGUAUCUGAUCAGCGGGCGACAUCAUUACAAAGGGCCACAAGUGCCUGAGGACUCAGCUGAACAGUCUUUCGAGAAGAGUGAAAUGUCGCCGUAGUCCAGGGGUGCUUCCAGCCUUGAUCAGCAAGCAGCACGAUAGCGCUAGACACUGGCCAAUUCAUACAUGUUGAUGGCUGUUUCGAGCACAUCCCAGAGGACGCGGAAUCAGUAAAGACCAGAAAGUUUUGUAGCUGGUCUCUCGCUUUGGCACGGUAGAGAUCGGGGUUCAGGUCUCUUUUCUCCACUUCAAGGCCACUCAAGGGAACACCCGAAGACGAGGCAGAGAGCGCACGGAACACCAGACGCAAUAAUUCCAUCAAGCAUGUGCCCCACAUCCACUUUCUGUCAUUUCAUUCGGCGGCCGUACUCUCCUCAAUGGCCGCGAGCGAGAGAAGUGAAGCCCGAAGCAACCCUCUCGGGCGGGCGGAAAGUCCGGUUUCCAGGCAUUCCCUGCCCAAAUCGUGUGCGAGCGCACCUGGCCACGGAAUGGAGGCCGGAGCGUCCUUCAUUGACGGAGUAAGGCUUGGAAGUUUACGUACACUGACGAGAUGGGGGUUUGAAGCAGAUGGCUAUGGCGCCAGUGAUUAGUGAUCGUUCAGGUUCCCACGACCUAUCACGUGAAGAGGAUAUGCUGAGAGUUCCGCUUACUUUUUCAGCUGCUUUCACCCUUCAGACAGAUCAAGCUAGGUGUCUUUCAUACCCGACUUUCUCUGGGAUAGCAGUCGCCAGGAACACCCAAAAGGAGAUCGUUUCUAAGCCCGCGCAAAUCCGGAAUGAUCCCUCCCCAGGCUGACUGGGCGAAUGAUUCAAUCUAUGUAGUAGAAAUUGACAUUAGUGCACACUAGCAUACUAUACGCGGAUCUCAAAGCGGUAGCCUGAGUCAUAACAGCUGAAAACGAAGACAACAACAUAAGUCACAGCAGCCUGGGAGCGCUCAUCCUGUGCCGGUGAUGCGACCGCCGAGCCACUGCUCGACGGCCACGAGCUUCUCGUAGCCUCGCUCGCCCGUGAAGCCUCCCACGGUGAGUGCAAAGUGCGCUAUGCACAGCGCAAGGAUGAACGAGACCACGGAGGCCACAGAGUACGUCUUGGACCCCGUGCCUUCUUCGGGCUUGCUGUACACGACCUUGGGCUUCUCUGUCGAGAUAGCCCGGAACAGAGCCCCGUUGUAUUCAAACACGCGGGACGCCUCGUCCAUGAUGGCCGCUGCGCGAAGACGUAAGCGGACGUGUAAGUGCACACACGCACGGGCAGACGCGCGUACCCUUCGCGUCCAUGUUGUCCCCAGCACCCUUGUCCAUGCCGGCCCGGAACCAGUCCUUGAUGCGCUUCAUCUCGCCGAUCGUCGCCUGCUUGUUCGUCGUCAGCUCCUUGAACUUGUAGAACUCGAGCCCCGGCCCGUUCGGCGUCAGGUGGUACGCCUUGCCCAGGGCACGCUGGAUCGUCUGCCCGCCGCUCAGGUCCCCCAGAUAGCGCACGUAUGCGUGUGCAAGGAGGGGCGCGGGGUCAUUCGAGUCAGAUAUGGAGUUCACAGCAUUGACAUAGUCAGUGAGCGCCUGCGGCCGGGAUGCCUGCAGUGCUUCAUGGAUGGGGUGAGACUUCCAUGAUGACUCGGGUAUGCUUAGGAUAUAGGCAAUGUCCGCAGAGAGAGCGGGUGCACGUGCGAGGAGAGCGGGGUUGUACGUCGGCUCGAGGAUGGGAUUCGCCUGGUGGCGCUCCAGGGCUUUCUCGAAUGUGCUGCAGGUUCGGAUGUUCAGUGCGACACCCAUAGAGCAAAAGAGCGUCGAUACGCACUCGUACACAUGCCAGAGCAUCAUGAGAAACCUGACAUACUCCUCCUUGGGAAGCUCGCCUUUGAGCAGAGCCGCCGCACCGGCACUGGUCUCGACUUCUUGAUGGGCUUUCUUCGUCCCCUCUCGGAGGAUAGCGGAAAGCGGCUGGGAGAGGUCGAUGACCGACAUUGUGGGGUAAAGAAAGAAGGAGAUGCUUGCGUGUGUGUUUACCAAACCAGUGGUAGUCGAUCACAGAAAGGCAAAAGCGACCACGGUAACCAUGGAGCCUGCCGU